AUGGCAACUCUUAAAUUAAUCACAUUCUGUUCCCAUGCUCUUGGGCCCAAUCCAUGGAAGGUUGCGCUACCCCUUGAGGAGGUUGCGCUCCCAUAUGAGAGCAAGUAUCUCGAGUUUACCGAGGCGAAGCAAGAGAACUUCAUGAAAUUGAAUCCAAAUGGAAAACUUCCGGCCAUCGAAGAUCCGAACACCGACAUUACUCUCUUCGAAUCCGGUGCAAUCAUCGAGUACCUCAUCGACCAGUACGAUACGGAUGCCCGUCUGCACCGUACGUCCCUUCAGGAAAAGUACCUAGAGCGGUCGUGGCUCCACUUGCAAAUGUCCGCUCAGGGUCCCAGCGUCGGAUACAAAGUCUGGCUCUCACGCCUCUAUCCCGAGGACCAAGUCGCUUCCGCAACCGAAUAUUUCACGAAGGAGAUCAAUCGCAUCAUUGGAGUGAUCGAUGGGCACCUUACGAGGACGGCUUUCAUUCCCAUGUACUUGGUGCUUAAUAUCUUUUUGUCCGGUUAUGACCCGGCAGGGGAGUUGCGUACAAGGCCAUCUGUUAUCAAGAUUGCAGCGGAUAAACGGCUGCUGGCGCAGAAAUCCAGGAAAUAG